AUGAGGGUUUUGACGCAAAUGACCAUGGAAAAUGACUCUUCAGUAUCCGAGUUCAUUCUUAUGGGACUGACAGACCAAGCUGAGCUCCGGCUGCCCUUAUUUGUUCUGUUCUUGGUGAACUACACAGCCACUGUGAUAGGAAACUUGAGUUUAAUGAAUCUCAUUUACCUAAACUCAAAUCUUCACACUCCCAUGUACUUUUUUAUCUUCAAUCUGUCCUUCAUUGAUUUCUGUUAUUCACUUGUCUUUACUCCCAAAAUGCUGAUGAGUUUUGUUUUGGAGAAGAACACCAUCUCCUUCAGAGGAUGCAUGACUCAGCUGUUUUUCUUCCUAUUUUUUGUGAACUCAGAGAGUUAUGUGCUGACAGCCAUGGCCUAUGAUCGCUAUGUGGCCAUCUGUCAGCCACUGCUAUACAAGGUUGUUAUGUCCCCUAAGAUCUGUUGUUUGUUGAUAUUUGUUUCUUAUUUGAUGGGUUUUGCUUGUGCCAUGAACCUCAUUGAUCACUACAUGUGUGACAUCUUCCCUGUCCUCCAGAUCUCCUGCAGUAACACUUAUGUCAAUGAGCUUGUGAGUAGUGCUGUGGUGGGUACAGCUAUCAUAUUAUGUAGCCUCAUUAUCUUUAUCUCAUAUGCUAUGAUCCUUUUCAAUAUCAUUCAUAUGUCAUCAGGUAAGGCUUGGUCCAAAGCCUUGGGCACUUGUGGAUCUCACAUCAUAACUGUUAGUCUCUUCUAUGGAUCUGGGCUACUUGCUUAUGUCAAGCCAUCAUCUACUGAGACUGUUGCCCAGGGAAAAUUUUUCUCUGUCUUUUAUACUUUAUUGGUUCCCAUGUUGAAUCCUCUCAUUUACAGCCUCAGAAACAAGGAUGUCAUGCUUGCUGUGAAGAAAACCUGGAAGAAAUUCAUGAGCUGA